AUGUACAUGGAAGACUUCGAACAGAAAGCUUUAAACGGACUCGAGUGUCCACCAAGGGUGUUCUGGCGUUACGUAGAUUCCACGUUCGUUGUGAUAAAGUGGGAUAAGGUGAAUGAAUUCUUUCAACAUCUGAACACACUGGACCCCCACAUUAAGUUUAGCAUGGAGCUAGAAUCCACAUCGGGUACACUAGCUUUCCUUGACUGCAUGACACACAAGAGUGGUGGGAAAUUAAAACCCACUGUAUACCGGAAAUCAACAGAUAGCAGUGCGGUCUUAAACUACUCAUCUGCACAUCCACAAGCAGUAUAUGCUAGCAUAGCCUCAGCGAUGUUUAGGAGAGUGAGAGCACUGUGUACAGAGGAGGUUGACCGAAGAGCAGCACAAGUUGAGGUAAAAAAGCGACUUCAAGCUAACGGAUACCCAGUGGGUUUAAUUAAGCGGCAACUAAGACGGGUAGUGGUGCCAACACCAAGGCGCAACAAGGAGUUGAUCGGAACAGCGGUCAUUCCAUACAAAGCAGGGACAUCUGAAGUCAUUAGAAGAGUACUGAAUACGGCUAACAUUAGAGAUCGCCUUCCGGUUGAUAGGACUAGGAACUGUGUAUACAAGAUAAAAUGUCACGACUGCACAAAGGUUUAUAUAAGUCAGACAGCCAGGGAAUUGCACACCAGAAUCGGUGAGCAUAAGCGUUCCAUUAACAGACCACCGAGAAACGCAGAGGAAUACCAGGCCCAUUCUGUGACUAUUGCUGCAGAGAGUUCGUUCAACUUACUCGGGUGCGCUGUUUGGUUGUUGGUCUAUUCGCCGAGCUUGACAGUUGGAUUGCAAACGUUUCAUCACCAAUCGAGGUUAGAACGUCAACCCUGCACUGACGACGUCACCUCGAUUGGUGAUGAAACGUCUGCAAUCCAGCUGCCAAGGGUAUCAGGUUUCUCUGGGAGGUAUUCCGGUAAGAAGAGUGGCCAAAUAAAACCAAGUCUCAGUUUCACUUGGUCAUUCUUGCUGAUAUCGGUGUAUCAAAAGAUUCUCCGAAAGAAACGUCAUCAGCCAAACAGAUUGAAAGCGAGAUGGCUCAGUGGUAAGAGCGCAAAUUUACUGACCGGAAUGUCCGUGGUUCGAACCCGGCCUCUGCCUCUCGAUUUCUCCUCUCUAGGCUUGGGCAACCUGGUAGUAUCACAGCCCUCGUGCUUCCCUCUGGUGCCAUGGCAGAUAGGCACCGAAAGGGUGUUACAGCUGAACUGCUAUAACGAUCACUGA